GAGCGAUGGCGUAGGAGCCAGGCAGAGAGGGGGAGGGGUGGCCCUCUGGGCGCCCCAGAGUUGGGGUGUGCAGGGUGCGCAGUGCGAGCAGGGGCCCGGAACCGACGCGCCGUCGGGGCAGGGUUGUUGCUGUGAGUCUUGGAGAUUGUGCCACUUGCGGUGCUGUGGGGCAAGAAGGAAAAGGCCAGGCUGAAGGGACUUGCUGAGCCACCCCUCUGCUCCAUGUUGGCUAUGUUCUCAGGCUGGCACCAUGCCACCCCCUGCAGAGGUGACCGACCCAUCCCAUGCCCCUGCUGUCCUGCGUCAGCUCAAUGAGCAGCGGCUCCGUGGCCUCUUCUGUGAUGUCACCCUCAUAGCUGGAGACACCAAGUUCCCUGCUCACCGCAGUGUCCUGGCUGCCUCUAGUCCCUUCUUCAGAGAAGCCCUGCUAGCUUCAUCUCCACUGCCCCUCCCACCGAUCACUGGUGGCUCAGCUCCCAGCCCUGCAACCGCCACAGCUGCCUCUUCCUCCUCUUCCUCCUCCUCUCCCCCUCCAGCCCCUCCUCACUCUUCAUCCCCUCCACGGGUCCUAGAGCUGCCCGGGGUCCCGGCAGCUGCCUUUUCCGAUGUCCUCAACUUCAUCUACAGUGCCCGGCUUGCACUCCCUGACGGGGGAGGGGAUGGGGCAGCUGUGGCAGAGAUUGGAGCUCUGGGGCGGCGGCUGGGUAUCUCCCGCCUACAGGGCCUGGGGGAAGGAGGUGAUACUUGGGUACCUCCUGCUCCAACUCCCCUGGCCACCUCGCAGUCUGAAGAGGACAGUUUGGGGCCAGGGCCUAGGCCAAAUGGCGAGUGGGAGGGUGACAAAGUUGAGACCCAGCCCUCCUUACCCCGGCGGCUCUUUCCCUGCCCUCGAUGUGGAAAAAGCUUCAUCCAUCCCAAGAGGCUGCAGACACACGAGGUUCAGUGUCGACGGGGGUCCAACACUCGGGGGUCUGCAGGCCUGGGAGCUGCGGGCUCUGGCCCUGGGGGUCCUGCAGGAGUGGAUGCCUCCGCGCUGCCACAACCAGUGGGCUUCAGAGAUGGCCCUGAGCAUGUGGUGAAGGUGGUGGGCGGCCAUGUGCUCUAUGUGUGUGCGGCCUGCGAGCGUUCCUACGUGACCCUGUCCAGCCUGAAGCGGCACAGCAAUGUACACUCAUGGCGGAGGAAGUACCCCUGCCGCUACUGCGAGAAGGUGUUCGCCCUGGCCGAGUACCGCACCAAGCACGAGGUGUGGCACACCGGGGAGCGCAGGUACCAGUGCAUCUUCUGCUGGGAAACCUUUGUCACCUAUUAUAACCUGAAGACCCACCAGCGAGCCUUCCAUGGCAUUAGUCCCGGCCUCCUAGCCAGUGAGAAGACACCCAAUGGAGGCUACAAGCCCAAGCUUAAUACCCUCAAGCUGUACCGCCUGCUCCCCAUGCGGGCAGCCAAGCGGCCCUACAAGACCUACAGUCAGGGAGCCCCUGAGGCCCCUCCUUCUCCAAGCCUCCACACACCGGCCCCUGCAGCAAUGACAGCCAGCCCCCCACCCCUACUCCCGCCUGCCCCAGAGCCUGGCCCGCCCCCCUCUGUCAUCACCUUUGCUCAUCCAGCUCCCUCUGUCAUUGUCCACGGAAGCAGUAGCAGUGGUGGAGCCGGGGGUGGGCCAACCAGCACAGGAGGGUCCCAAGCUGCCUCAGUCAUCACUUAUACGACUCCCCCAAGACCCCCCAAGAAACGAGAGUACCCACCUCCUCCCCCUGAGCCUGCAGCAACACCCACUAGCCCAGCCACGGCUGCAGGGCCAGCCUCAGCCACAGAGGAGGCCAAGAGCCGGAAUCUGCGGGCUGGGAGAACUCUGACUUACACAGCCAAACCCGUGGGUGGGGUGAGUGGGAGCGGGGGUUCCCCCACAGGGUCAGGCCGCGGCGCCUCUCAGCUUCAGGCCCCACCUCCGCUGUGUCAGAUCACCGUGCGAAUUGGGGAGGAAGCCAUUGUCAAGCGUCGCAUCUCCGAAACUGACCUGCGUCCUGGAGAACUGAGUGGAGAAGAAAUAGAGGAGAGCGAGGAAGAGGAAGAGGAGGAGGAGGACCAGGAGGAACCGAAGGCUGGAGGGGAAGAUCAGCUCUGGAGGCCCUACUAUUCGUACAAGCCCAAGCGCAAGGCUGGAGCUGCUGCCGGUGGGGUCGGUGGGGUCAGUGGACUGCCCCGAGGACGAAGACCACCACGCUGGAGGCAGAAGCUGGAACGAAGGGCCUGGGAGGAGACGCCAUCGGUGGAGGGCCCCGGAGGACGAGGACGUGGUGAGCGUAGGCACCGUUGUGGAGACUGUGCCCAGACCUUUGCCACCCUGAGGAAGCUGAGAAGGCACCAGGAAGCCCACAGCGGGGGCUCCCACAGCUCCAGGACUGGGAAGAGGUCUUCAUCCCGAUUCCCCUGCCCCCACUGUGCCAAGGUGUGCAAGGCGGCAGCUGCCCUGAGCAGACAUGUGCAGAGGCAUGCUGUGGAGCGGCCUGGGGGCACCCCCACUCCUGUCAUUGCCUAUUCCAAAGGCAGCAUUGGCCCCAGGCCUGGUGAUGUCAAGGAGGAAGCCCCCCAAGAGAUGCAGGUAUCCUCAUCAAGUGGGGAGGCAGGCGGUGGCGGUGCUGCCGCCGAAGCCCCUGAAACUGCCUCGCUCCAGGACCCGGUCAUCUCUGGGGGUGAGGAGCCCCCAGUAGCAGGUGGGGGCAGCUAUGUGUACCCACCUGUGCAGGAAUUCCCCCUGGCCUUGAUAGGAGGCAGUCGGGAGCCCGGUGGGAGCAGAGGGAGAGCUGGGAAUGAGGGGCUAAUGGGAGCCUCUGAUGCAGACCGGAUGGAGGGGAUGGGGACUGCCAAAGUCACCUUCUACCCUGAGCCCUACCCACUCGUCUAUGGCCCCCAGCUCCUAGCUGCCUACCCUUACAACUUCAGCAACUUGGCUGCUCUCCCAGUUGCUCUCAACAUGGUCCUACCUGAUGAGAAGGGUGGGGGGGCCCUCCCCUUCCUGCCCGGGGUCUUUGGCUAUGCGGUGAACCCUCAAGCAGCACCCACUACUCCACCAACCCCACCUCCCCCAACUCUCUCUCUGCCAGUUCCCCCUAAGGGAGUAGGGGAACCGGCAGGGGUUGAGAGAACCCAAAAGGGAGAUGUGGGGUGAGCACUAAGGCCAGAUCCCCCUUUCACCAGAUGCCACCCUUCCUGAGCCCCCAUCACUAUCAGCUCCCUGGCCUCCCUGCCCCUUGGGAGCCCCAUCACACUCUAGUGCAGGGAUUGGGGGGCCCUGGAGCUCAGGAGUCAGGCUGCUUUGUGUGAUUGUAGUCCCCCACCCCCUGAGAAGGGGUUUUUGGUGGUUCCUCUCUCUAUCUUUGCAGGGAAUGACCCCUGUGAGGGGAAGAGCCAGAUCCCAUCCCUUCUCCAGCCCUUGGGCAACUGAGCAAUAUACUUACUGAAUCUCUACUUACAGCCCCACCAGCUCUGAAUGUCUACCCUGCUCCCCUGAUUUGUAAACCUAGGGGGAAACCGUCUCUCUCACCUAAUGAUGCCUGCUGUUCUGAAGCUUCCUCUAAGCCCCGCCCCAGAUGCUUCCUCGCACAUUCCAUUCUUUAUGGCCCAGGGCCUGGACCAGACCAGUGUGAUAUCUGACCCACCAGCCUGGAAGCAUGGCUUUGGAUUCCGUUCUUCCCAAGGGUGGUUUCUCUGUCCUUGUCUCCUAUUACGAUGCCAUGCUGCCUCGGCUUCCAUGCCUUUGGAUCUUCCAUAUUCCUUCCUGUGCUCCUAGACUUUGGAGACGGCCUAACCCAAUCCAAGUCAAAAGGAGGUGGGAGGUGUUCUAUGGCUGAGCACUUUUUCAAUACAGGGCAGGGAAAUCUUGGGCCCCACUUUUACCCCCAAAAUCCAGUGACUCCAGAUUCUUCCAGGACAAAAGAGGUGAAUAGAUCCUAUCUCUUCUGGCCUUUAUGGGUGGCUUCUUUGGGGCUAAACCAAAUUUGAGCAUCAGGUAUGAAGCACUCCAUACAGGAUGGAGAAGGGAACCCACUUCCUCCCUGCCAUCCUUCUACGGUUUCUUCUAGAUUAGACCAAAUAGCCAGAAGAUUGCUGGGGGUUUGGCGUGUGGGUUAGCCCAAGAUUUGCACAUUAUCUUCCACCCCUACCUUUACCCUGUCUCCUCUAGUGUCACUGUCCUCACCAAUCACUCCAGAUGGUUUCAAGGGAGCCAUCUUCCUCUUCCGGUGGGCUUCGGGGUAUCCCCACCAACCUUGCCUCCAAAAUAGCACCUUAUACCCUAUCCUUGACUCAGUUCCCCACACCCAAAGAUCCCAGCCUAGGGAUGGGGUGCAGGGAUUUUAAAUAAUCCCUAAUCCCUAAUUUGCACUAGUUAACCCUGGUCGGGGUCCCUAUGUUUCCUUCCAGCGGGGAAGAUUAGGAAAUGUUUGUUCCUAUUGUUGAAAAUGGGGCCUCCCUAAUGUGUGAUUAGAUGGAUAUUUCCCAUAUUACCUACCCCCCCAAACCAGCUCACAAGGGGAGAGCCAGUUUCGGGGAGCAAAUUUGAUGUGGGAAUUAGAGGAGUAUGACUUUAAAAAGGAGAAAGACUGUUUUAAUCAAAGUGACAGCCUUUCUCUCAGCUACUGUUUUCUGAGGCCAAGAUGGCUGCCCUCUGACCUACUGUGAAGAGGGCAAGAUCACGGCUUUGGGAGGGAGGUGAGUCUGGAAAGGCCAGGGGCGUCUUCCUGCCCCUCCUAGCCUCCCAGUCCAUAGGAAGGGGGAGGGUUUGGCGGCUUCCUGAAUGUUAACCGCGGAGGGAGGGGUCGCUUCACCCCUCCUCUGUCUCUUUGCACUUUUCUUGGUCUUGGCCACAGCCUGAGUGAAGAAUCUCCUACUGAAUGUACCAAGUUCCAGCUUUUAAGGGGAAAAGUUUCAAACAAGGAAAAAUGAAAAAAAAAAUCACUAAAAAUUCCCAUAAAUCUUAUUUCUGGCACUUUAGAAAAAAACCGCAAAAAAUACAUAAUAAAGAAUACAUAUAUAUAUAUAUACACACACACACACAAAUUAUAUAUAUAAAUAUAUCUAUAUAUACAGCGGAACCACAAGAGACUGAGGAAGGCCUGAAGGUGGGGGCAGAGGUGACCACAGCCCCUGUACCCUUUACCUGCACUCCUCUGAGGGAGUCAGGAGAGGAGAAGGGGCGAAAAUGGACUGUGGAAUUUGAAUCUCAGAAUAGAUCAAAAUUCUAACACCAUGGACCUUUUGGAAGAAUUGAGAUUAUAAGUGUUUAUUUUUUUUAAUAUAGCAAAGCAAAAACUUAAAAAUAUGUAUUUGAGCUGGAAGGGUUCAAUGUUGUGAGUUUCAGGUAUUGGAAAUUUGGGAUUUUGCAAUUUUGUCACUUGAAGAUGAUCAAGUCUUGUCAGUUUGUACCCUCUUUCCCCAUGUUCCCUGGGAAGAAGGGUGAUAGAGUGGGAAGGCCACUGGUUCUAUGCCACAGCACGCAAGAUUUAGAAUUCUAGACUCUAGCUCUAUACGUAGUGAGGACCCAGAUUUAGAGAAACUGACCAUUAUUUAUCUCCAGAUUUGUGUGUGUUUCCAAUUCUCUAGGCCAAUAAACCAACAAGACAAUGAACUAUGCUUA